CCAUGUUAUGACAUCACUGCCUAAUCCCACCCCGGAGCGUGUAGUUGGUGCGGAGUCAUGAAAGUGUUUGUAAACAACUCAGUCAGAAGGCGUAGCAAACUGGAGUCGGACCAAUCCCCAUACACAUCUCCGAGUGUCAUCACAUCCUCCCAAGUGUACCAGAUUGGGGGUGAUGAAGGAUGUUUGAGGUCACGCCUUCUCGACGGGUCAACGGGAUGACACAGCUGUAACGUCACUGACUAAUUUGUAGCUGUUAAAGCAGCUGUAGGAUUGCACGUGCAGAGCAUCAGGACGCCUUACACUACCUGUGUGUUGUUCACCUGCUGAAGUUAAGAUGCCUUGGCCUUUUUCUGAGUCCAUUAAAAAGCGGGCCUGCAGGUACCUCCUGCAUCGGUACCUGGGCAACUUUCUGCAGGAGAAGCUUAGUCUGGAUCAACUGAGUCUAGACCUUUAUCAAGGCACUGGGUCUCUUGCACAGGUUCCACUGGAUACAUGGUCACUCAAUGAGCUACUGGAGACUGCAGAUGCUCCUUUUGAGGUAAUCACAGGGUUCAUCCAGACCAUCUCUCUGACAGUCCCUUGGGCAGCACUGCUGCAGGAGAACUGUGCCCUAGAAAUCAAGGGUUUGGAGAUGGUUCUCAGACCAAGACCAAGAGUGGCAUCUGGCGUUGAACCCAUGUACUGGUCCAGUUUCAUGACAAGCAGCAUGCAGCUUGCUAAAGAAUGCCUGAGCCAGAAACUAACCGAUGAUAUGGGAGAGAGCUUCCAGCCAUUUGAAGGACUGGAGAAGUUUGCAGAGACGAUAGAAACAGUUCUGAGAAGAGUCAAAGUGACGUUUUUGGACAGUGUUUUUAGAGUCGAACACAUUCCAGAAAAUUCUAAAACUGGAAUCGCUCUUGAGAUUCGAAUCAACAAGAUUGUGUACUGCGAUGAAACAGGUGAGGAGAGUUCAAGUGUCAAUGUGCAUCAGCCAACCACGUUUGCACAUAAAAACGUGCAGAUGGAGGGAAUUACUGUAUUCUGGGACGAGUUCUCUGAUGCGUCUCGCGCUGCUUGUAAAUCGUCACCUACUCCAUCGGAAACUGAGCCAAAACUCUCACCUAGCUGGAAUCCAAAAAUAAUAUGCGAGCCGCAUCCCCAGUUCACAGAGCCUGUAUCCUCUUCAGCGCCUUUUGAACCUGUGCAGGUUGGCAGCCUCUGUGGCAAAAUUGAGUUGUCCCUCACUCUCAAAAAUAACCUAGCGAUGCCUGGUGCAAAGCUGGAUGUUGUUGGACAGAUCGAUACACUCAUUAUUCUGCUGUCCCCACGGCAAGUUCACCUUCUUUUGGACUUAUUUGGAGCCUUCUCUGGUGGAGGUGCACAGGAAUGGACUAAGGAUAGGAAAAAUCGCCCAAUACAGCAGGAGGAUGAGUAUCGCCUCCAUAUGGAACUGAACCGGUGCCUAAAGAAGGAUACUGCCGUCCCAGGAGCAGAUCCUGACCUCUUUGAAAGCCAAACAACUAGAACUGUGUCGAGUCGAGACGACGUGUUUUUCUCCAUGGCUGACAUGGACAUGUCUCAUAGCUUGUCAUCCCUGCCUCCUCUGGGUGAACCACCCACUGUUGAUUUGGACUUGUCACUCACCAGUAACUACUCUGCCUCACCAGGAGAAUCUCCCUCUGGAAAUGCAACAGCUCUGUGGGACGAAUAUAUGGACGUACCACGACAAAGAGAGAAGCAGACUUGUGAAACUCCCCUCCAGUCACGGGAUUCCCACCUGCCUCAGAAACUGUUGAGGCAAACUUCCCAUUCGUCCAAAACCCACAGUGAUGAGUCAAGGCCAGAGUUAGUGCUGAGGUUGACACUGGGCAGUUUGGCUGUCUCAGUCCUCCACAUUGACCCGCUGCCGCCACCACAUGCUGCUCCCAGUCCUCUCGGCCCCAUGGCUGCACACUUCUUCAGCAUGGUGGGCCCAGGACAGCUUGAGCCAGCCGCUUUCCUUCAGUCUCGGACGGUGUUUAAUCAGGCUUGUCCUCAUGACCACCUCAGGUUUGUAGGCCAGGGUCUGAAGUUAAACUAUGAUCACUGGCAGGGAUCCAACUUAAGGACUUUUAGCACUGACAUUACCCUGAACCAGAUGGAGUUUCUAGAGUGUCUGUUCACCUCUGAGGCUGUCAUUGGUGGCUCGCAAAAAGGAGUUCAAUAUACUGAGCUGCUGACAUUUGACACCAAAGCCAGUGCUGAUGCGCCGCUUACCACCUGCCUUCACCUGCUUUACAAACAGGCUGAGCGCAGAGGUCCUCAGGGCGGCCAGGUGCGUCUCAGCACCAUUCCCAGGAAAGCUGAGAUCCAGGUGGAGCUGGGUCCUGUGCACUCUGAGCUGGACAUCAGUAUUGUGGACCGCCUAAACUCACUACUGCAGCCUCAGAAACUAGCAACCACAGAGGCGAUGGCCUCCCACAUGUAUACAUCUUACAAUAAACAUGUCAGCUUGCACAAGGCUUUUACAGAGGUUUUCCUUGAUGACAGCCAUACUCCUGCCAACUGUCAUGUGUCACUGACAAUUAAUGCACCAGUGCUGGGCAUUGCUGUGCGCUUCCCCAUCCCUGAUCUGCGUUCAGAUCAAGAGCGGGGCCCUUGGUUCAAGAAGUCCCUACAGAAAGAAACACUGUACUUGGAGCUGGAAGAGCUGGAAUUGAAAACCGAAUUCAUGGGUGGCAAUUCACCUGACCAAACCAAAAUGGAGCUCACUUUUAAGGAACUCACUGGGAGGUUCCAGGAAGAGGACGAUCAAACAGCUGCCCGGUUCCUCAGAGUGUCACACACAAUGGAUGGAGACAUGACCACAUCUGAAAGUGUAAAAUUUGAUUGGCCAAGGGUUGUGCUCAAGAUGAACCCAACUGCAGUCCACUCCAUCCUUGAGCGUGCGACAGCUGAAGAUGAGGGGGCUGAGGACCAUUCUCUUGAAGAGGAAGAGGAGGAAGGGGCUGCUCAUUCACUGAAGGAUGUAUGUGACUUUGGGAAGCCAGAGCCAUCACCCUUUUCUUCACGUAGGGUUAUGUAUGAGAAUGAAGAGAUGGUCAUUCCUGGUGAUGUCGGUGAGAUGACGGUGUUCCAGGAAAAAACGAUGAAUAACUCCCGGUUCAUCCUUGAGUUGUGUUUCCCUAAUGUGCAGCUAACACUCCCCAGCAAGGCAUUUUAUGAAAAACUACACAACAGGAUAAACAAUGACCUUCUGCUGUGGGAGCCCACUGCUCCAUCCCCAGUGGAGACUGUAGAGAACAUGCCAUAUGGAGUUGGGCUCUCUGUUGCCAGUCAAUUGAUCAACACUUACUCCAAGGACAGCUUUAGCCAGUUCCGCUCCACUGGUCCUGAGGAGGAGACCAGUGGAUCAGAGGAGGAGAACAUGCACUAUUACUCGCCUGCCGCUGACCUGGGCUUCAGAUCUCGAAAGAAGAAGAAGCCCAAAGCCCACAGCAAGAACUCCCAGAGCCUUUUCUCUGUCAAUCUUAGUGUCAAUCAUGGCCUUAUGUGUCUUCAUGCUAAUGCCAAGAAGGAGGAUAAAACCACACUGAAAAACAAACAUGGCGAGUUCUGGCUGGAGGUGAAAAAUGCCGUUUUAUUCAGCGUCACUCAGUAUGAAGGCUUUAAAGAUCAGCACUACAUCUGCUUUCAUACCAGCAGCAUCUGCAUGUAUCACCAAGGACUCAUAGAUGGAGGCACUUCCGUCUCAGACAUCAAAUUGCCAUGCAGGACACAUCCCCAUUGGCUAGAGCCAACCAUCUACCAGUCAGAAACAUCUUCAGAAAAAUUGUCAACGCCUUCGGAGGGUAUCGGUUUAGAAGCUCGCAGCAUGGUUUCUGUCGCUGUCAAAAUCUCAUCACAGAAUGCAGAACGCAACAUCAAGGAGUUUCUGGUUGCUGUUGGGGUGAGAGGUGCUACACUCCAGCACAGAGUGGUCCCUCCCAGCUUGGGCUGGUAUGACCAGAUUGUUGACUUUCUGAAUGUUUCUGAUGAACCCGUGUUGGGUUACGCUCCUCCUACGUCUGUCACCACACUACAUUUGCACCUAUGGAGCUGCUCUCUGGACUACAGACCCCUGUACUUGCCACUCAGAUCGUUGCUGGUUGUGGAAACAUUCAGCAUCUCCAGUAGCGUCUCUCUAGACAAUUCCUCAUCAACACUUAGGAUCAUUUUGGACGAAGCUGCUCUGUUCCUCUCAGACAAAAGUAAUGCUGUCUCUGUAAAUCUAGCUCGUGAUUAUGUCCAAGUGGUAGACAUGGGAACCUUAGAGCUGAGGAUAACAGCAGUCAAACCUGGAGUAGAUGGAAAAUUGGUAAACCAAGAACCACCUCGCUCAGACCUGUUCCUGUUCCCAGAUGAAAGUGGGAAUUGCCAAGAUUUAAGCCCCCCGUACCCCAUGCUUCCUUCUCCUCUCAUCACACCAGCCCCUAAUCUGGCCCAAGAGACUGACGACUUUUGUAUAUUGGAAACUCCGAGCUCCAGAGGAGAGGAUCGAGAUCAGGAGCCGGUGGUGAAGCAGCUAUCCUCGGAGCCAGUAGAAGUCAAAGACGAUUACUUCAGUCAGCCUCUGGAUGGAAGUGAUUCCAGCCGUGGAGCCAACUUUCCCAUCCCAGAGGUUCGCUACCUCAUUAAGGAGAUCUCUGUCAUCUGGCAUCUUUAUGGUGGAAAAGACUUCGGGAGUGUGACCUCCAUAGUUUCUCCUGCUAGAAGCCGGGGAUCUACACCUCAUAGCUCCCCAUCUCAAACUCCAGUGAGACAAGCGAAGGCUUCAGGGCGGGUUGGUGGUGGAAAGGGAAGGAAUCCUGAUGUCCUGAUGGAGAUUCAACUCAGCAAGGUGAGAUUCCAGCACGAGGUGUACCCCCAGAUCUCAGCGGUGUCUCGUCCAGCAGUGGACCAGCCAGUGUCCCGGCAGGUGUUCUCUGUGCAGGACUUGGAGAUUCGAGACAGACUAGCUACCUCCCAGAUGAACAAGUUCCUCUACUUGUACUCUAGCAAGGAAAUGCCCCGAAAAGCCCAUUCUAACAUGUUGACAGUCAAGGCGAUGCACAUGUGUCCUGAGUCAGGCCAGGCUCCCCCAGAGUGCUGUUUACGGGUCACUCUAAUGCCUCUUCGCCUCAAUAUUGAUCAGGAUGCACUGUUCUUCUUGAGAGACUUCUUUACAAGUCUUGCUGCUGAAGUUGAGUUUUUCUCACCACCUAUUCAAGAAGCGGUUUGUGUUACCACAAAGAAAGUGGCUGCCCCAGAGAUCUCUUGCAGCUUCUCCAAGCACGCUGGUGGGAGCCAGGAUCCAGCCCCAAUCAUCUCGGUGCCUGCACAGAGACGACUGAGCCAAAACGGUUUCUCUACAUCCAACGCAAAUGACAGUGAAGCCUCUGCUUCUCCCUUCACAGACCAACCCAUCUUCUUUAGGGAGUUUCGAUUUACUUCUGAGGUUCCCAUUCGCCUGGACUACCAUGGGAAACACGUGUCUAUGGACCAGGGAACAUUUGCAGGGAUCAUUUUCGGGCUGACACAGCUGAAUUGUUCAGAGCUCAAACUGAGGCAGUUGUGCUACAGGCAGGGAUUAUUGGGUGUGGAUAAGCUCUUUUCCUAUGCAAUAAAUGAGUGGUUAAAUGACAUAAAGACAAACCAGCUUCAAGGACUGCUGAGUGGUGUGGCACCUAUUCAUACUCUGGUAAAACUGGUUCACGGACUCAGGGAUUUGGUCUGGCUCCCGAUUGAACAGUACAGGAAGGAUGGCCGGAUAGUCCGUGGAUUUCAGCGCGGCACGGCUUCCUUUGGAACCUCUACAGCUAUGGCUGCCCUGGAGCUCACAAACAGGAUGGUGCGGACUAUUCAGGCAGCCGCUGAGACAGCGUAUGACAUGGUGUCUCCAGUGCCUGAUGAGAGGGACACAAAGAGGGUAAAACGGAUCUCCCAUUAUGGACUGGCUCAUCAGCCUGUUGACCUCAGAGAAGGUGUAGCCAAAGCCUACACUGUGGUGAAAGAGGGGAUCACAGACACUGCACUAACCAUCUACGACACAGCCACCCGGGAGCACGAGCAGCGAGGUAUGACUGGGGCAGUCGGUGGAGUUCUCCGCCAGCUUCCACCUGCAGUAGUCAAGCCACUCAUUAUGGCCACUGAGGCGACGUCAAAUGUCUUGGGUGGGAUGAGAAACCAGAUUCACCCCGAUGCACGUCAGGAGGAGUCGCAAAAAUGGAGGCAGGGCGACGAGUAAGUGUCAUUGCCUUAUGGAAAACUGAAACAAUGACUGUGCAGCAGCUACAGCUUAAUAGGUGUGCUUUUGAACAAGGGAAAAGGUGGACAGCGAGUGCUGGUGUAAAUAAAAUGGUGUUCAUCCUGUGGCAGUUUGAGCUACUGUGAUUUUUAGCUUGUGUCAGCUUAUCACAUGCCUCACAGUGCCUUCAUGGUCAUCAGCAUUGUCCAACUGUAUGCGUGUAAUCAAAUGGAUGAAGAAGGGUGAGUUUGAGCAGCACUUAUAAUGUUGUUGUGUAUGAUGCUAUGUUGUAGGGUAGACCAUACAAAUUUAAAAUGUAAAGGCUUAAGAAUGAAGGAAUAGGUCCUUUCAUCUGCUUCAUUUUCAAACAGCUGUUUACAGAUUGUGUGGUUGCGUUCUCUUAUCCUACUUUGUGUCAGCAAACACUAAUAUUCUAGGUGUAAUGACCCUUAAUUUAUAUAAGAUGUACUGUAUGUGGGCCUUGUCACUUACUGUAAAUAUUCCUAAUGAGCAGCAUUUCGUGCAAAUAUGAGAGAACAAAUGUAGAAACUGAAUGUGUUGCAUCUUUGUAAAGCUCUGUAAUCAGCACUUUUAACUGAGUUGAAGCGUAACAAGUGAGAGAUGGGACGAUUAUCCAGACUUGUUCUAAGGUUUCACAAUUGUUGUGUUGCAUAAUUUUCACAAAAGCUGCGGUUUAAAAAACAAAAAAAAGAAGCUGCGGUUUAAAUUUAAAAACUGCUUUAUUCUUACAGUCUCAUGCUCACAUUUUUGAAUUGUUGACAAAGUGAAUCUACUCAAGAUCCAUAAGUAAAGUCUUAAUGUACUGAUAAUCUCAUUUGUUUAGUUUUUUUUAAUUAUUAUUAAGCUGUAUGUUUAUAUAUUGAUGUCUGAUGUGAUCAAUUGUGUUGCUAAGUCUUGAUGAUUAUUAUUAUUAUUUUUUCUUCCUUUUUUGGUUAUGUGGUAAGAGUAUUAUUUCUUGUAAAUAUAUGUACAGGUGACUCAUGAAUUUGUAUUAAAAGCAUGAUGGAGAAAUAAAAACGGUGAAAUUA